UGGAGCCGUGACAAGCGCAGCGCGCUGCCGGAGUUGGAGCAGGGCUGAGCCGCGGCGCUCCAGGAGCCUGCCCAGGGGCUUUUCUCGCCCGAGACGAUCUUUUAAACCUCGGUCGAGUGCUCUCUGCCCUGACCUGCUGAGCCCCAUCCCGUGGCUGCAGAGGGACAGUGCCCGCUGUGCUGUGACCUGAGCCAUGAGGGACAGAGCGAGGCACUGAGGGGCAUCAACGCUGCUGCCCACCUCAACAGGAUUGCUGUUAAAAAGGCCCCAGAAGAUGUGAGCGGGGCCGGCGGGGCCGGGGCCAUCGUCACCAUGGCCAAGAGGGGCUCCAGCAGCCGCGCCAGGGGGGACAAGCCCGACGCCCUGGCCGCCCUGCAGGCUGCCAACGAGGAGCUCAGGGCCAAGCUCACCGACAUCCAGAUCGAGCUCCAGCAGGAGAAGAGCAAGGUCAGCAAGUUGGAAAGGGAGAAAAAUCAGGAAGUGAAGCAGAUCAAGGAGCACGAGCAGCAUAAAAGCACAGUGGUGGUCACAGAGCUCAAAGUCAAACUUCAUGAAGACAAAAUGAAAGAGCUCCAAGCUGUCCGAGAAACACUUCUGAGACAGCACGAAGCUGAGCUACUCAGAGUAAUAAAAAUUAAAGAUAAUGAAAUCCAGAGGCUGCAGACCCUGCUCAACGCCGUGCGGGACGGGGCCCCGGACAAGGUGAAAACGGUGCUGCUCACCGAGGCCAAGGAGGAGGCCAAGAAGGGCUUCGAGGUGGAGAAAAUCAAAAUGCAGCAAGAAAUUUCUGAGCUAAAAGGGGCUAAGAAACAGGUGGAGGAGGCUCUCACAAUGGUCAUCCAAGCUGACAAAAUCAAAGCAGCAGAGAUCAGGAGCGUGUAUCACCUGCACCAGGAGGAGAUCACCAGGAUCAAGAGGGAGUGCGAGAGGGAAAUCCGCAGGCUGAUGGAGGAGAUUAAGUUUAAGGACAGAGCAGUCUUCGUGCUGGAGAGAGAGUUAGGGGUGCGAGCCGGGCAUGCUCAGAGACUGCAGCUCCAAAAGGAGGCUUUAGAUGAACAACUGUCCCAGCUCAAAGAGUCUGACCGGCAUCUGAGCAGCCCCAAGCGGGAACUUCCUUAUGCAAGUGGUGCAGGAGACGCUUCAGAUCAUUCGGGAAGCCCCGAACAGCAGUUGGAUGAAAAGGAUGCCCGGCGCUUCCAGCUGAAAAUCGCGGAGCUGAGCGGGAUCAUCCGCAAGCUGGAGGACAGGAACGCGCUGCUGUCGGAGGAGAGGAACGAGCUGUUGAAACGUCUCAGAGAAGCAGAAAGUCAGUAUAAGCCCAUUUUGGACAAAAACAAGCGCCUCAGCAGGAAGAAUGAGGAGUUGUCACAUGCCUUACGUCGAAUGGAGAAUAAAUUGAAAUUUGUGACGCAGGAAAAUAUUGCGAUGAGGCAAAGAACUGGAGCAAUAAGGAGACCAAGCUCCCUAAAUGACCUUGACCACAGCCAGGAAGAAAGGGAAGUGGAUUUCCUGAGACUACAAGUUAUUGAGCAGCAAAACAUCAUUGAUGAGCUCUCCAAGACCCUGGAGACUGCUGGCUAUGUGAAGAGUGUCAUGGAACGGGAUAAGCUGCUAAGGUUCAGGAAGCAAAGGAAAAAAAUGACAAGAAUUCCUAAGAAGCCAGUGGUGGAGACGUUCUAUGGCUAUGAUGAGGAGGCUUCCCUGGAGUCUGAUGGUUCCUCCAUCUCCUACCAAACGGACCGGACUGACCAGACCCCCUGCACGCCUGAGGAUGACCUGGAAGAGGGCAUGGCCAAGGAGGAGACGGAGCUGCGGUUUCGGCAGCUGACCAUGGAGUACCAGGCGCUGCAGCGCGCCUACGCCCUGCUGCAGGAGCAGGUCGGGGGCACCCUGGAUGCAGAGCGAGAGGUUAAGACACGUGAGCAGCUCCAAGCAGAAAUUCACCGCUCCCAGGCUCAGAUAGAAGACCUGGAGAAGGCUCUGGCUGAGCAGGGACAGGACAUGAAGUGGAUUGAGGAGAAGCAGGCAUUGUACAGAAGAAAUCAGGAACUGGUAGAAAAGAUAAAGCUGCUGGAGGCCGAGGAGGCUCGCCUGAAACACGACGUGCAGGACGCCAAGGACCAGAACGAGCUGCUGGAGUUCAGGAUCCUGGAGCUGGAGGAGAGGGAGAGGAGGUCCCCUGCCAUCAACUUCCACCACGGCCCCUUCACGGAGGGGAAGAGCCCUCUGCAGGUGUACUGCGAGGCCGAAGGUGUAACAGACAUUGUAGUAGCAGAGCUGAUGAAAAAGUUGGACAUUUUAGGGGAUAACGCCGUAAGUAAUCUGACCAACGAAGAGCAGGUGGUCAUCAUCCAGGCCAGGACUGUCCUCACGCUGGCUGAAAAGUGGCUCCAGCAGAUCGAGGUGACAGAGUCUGCCCUGCAGCAGAAGAUGCUGGACCUGGAGAACGAGAAGGAGCUGUUCAGCAAGCAGAAGGGCUACCUGGACGAUGAGCUGGACUUCAGGAAGCAGUCCCUGGACCAGGCUCACAAGCAAAUUCUGGAAUUAGAAGCCAUGCUCUAUGAUGCCCUGCAGCAAGAAGCUGGAGCCAAAAUUUCCGAACUUCUUUCAGAAGAGGAGAAGGAGAAGCUGAAGAGCGCGGUGGAGCAAUGGAAGCGGCAGGUGAUGAGUGAGCUCCGCGAGAGGGACGCACAAAUCCUGCGGGAGAGGAUGGAGCUCAUUCAGCACGCACAGCAGAGAAUUAAAGAGCUAGAAGAAAGAAUUGAAGGCCAAAAAAGACAAAUAAAAGAGUUAGAGGAAAAGCUUUCAUUCUUUGGUCAUAGUUCUUCAGGCCACAUGCACAAGCCCCCUGAGGCCACUGCAGCUGCUCCUGCUGUUCUUCCCGGAGGGACAGCCCUGCUUCCCAAGCCCCACACGGAGACUUUGUCCUUUCCACACCCCCAGAUGUGUCUCACCCUCUGCUGCUGGCCAUGGGAGGCGCAGGCUGCGGCACCUGGGGGCUGUGUGAGCCCCGAAAUCCCCCCGGGGGGAUUGCAGAGGACAGAACUGAGCCAGCAGGGCAGGGCAGGAGCUCUGCUCCUCCUGUCCUGGAGCUGGCCAGGCUCUGGCAGGAGCACACCACUGAUUCAGAUACGCUGAAUUGAUUCCCAUUCCCUGCUAAGCAGGUGGCAAAUUGCUUCUGUGCAGAAGUGCCCGUGUCCUGUUCGUAUGCCACACGUGUUUGUUACCCACAGCUCUUCAAAAAUCUGUCCUGAAAGAAGAUUGUAGGAGGUGUUCCAGAGGAGCAGCUCGUGAAAAGAUGAAUAUGAAUGAAAAUAGUGAAAAUGAAUGAAAAUGAAGUGGUUUGUUCCAAGGUGUUUCUUCGUUGCACAGGGUAUGUCCCGUGCUUUGUUGAAUAUCCCACAAGCCCAGUUUUAGGAAAAACCUUAAAGCAACAUUCAGGAAAUUCAAGCUGUACUUUUUUUUUUUAAAUGUCAGUAAACCAUGACGAGAAAAUUGAUGCAAUAAUUUAUAAUUGGCCGUCCCUGAACAACGACAAAAGGCUUAACACUGUCCCAGCAAAACGUUCAACCUGGAAAAGAGUGAACUAAAGCAGAUUAUCCCUGAUCCACAUGCACUGGGCUGGGAGAGGCAGCAAGAGGGAGCAGAAGUUGUCACCUGGAAAAUGUCCUCACCUCGGGGAAGGGGAGCACAAGUCCCACAGAGCCCGGGAGGCUGGCACAGGAACCAGGAAGGAAAAAAAUCCUCUAGGAAAACAGGUGAAGAGGGGAAAAUCCAGGAGAAAUUCCAGAGUGUGACUGACCCCGUGGGAUCUCAGCCAGGCACAGCAAUGUGGGGCCAGGCACG